CUUGAGCUUCAUCAUGGAAAGACACACCAUGUUCAAAGAAGAUUCUGCCGUGACCGAGACUCGUCGAAGAAUGCCUUCGAAUUCACCAGAAAACUCGGAAAUGAACACUUCAGUUCCCAGCGAGUCGGUUCUAGACAAGGCCUUUGAUACAUUUUGCAAGGUUAACACCGUCAAUCUUGUGCAGUUCCUCAGUUUUGCAGUGACCAUCGGAUCGCUCGUUUACGAAUUUCGCCCUCCGCCACCAGCAGAGGGUGGUUCGUAUUUCUCCGACAAGCGCAACUUCUUCAACCAGUAUUUCGUCAAGCUGGCAUGGGGCUGGACUAUGGCCAUCUACACACCAUUCGUCGUGCUCAGCGGUCUUCAAAGUCCUGCAAAGAUCGGCCAAAUAUUCAGGGGGUUGGUGCGAGUUCUAGCCGUUGGCACCGCCGCUUGGUACUGGUGGGUGGAGAUCGUGUUUCACCGGGUUAUGCAAGUGACGGGGGCGUGUGUUGGCAACGAGAGUUUGACCGCAGUGCGCGCCUGCAUCAAGGCCGGACACUACUGGGACGGAUACGACAUCUCCGGACAUUGCUUCCUGUUAAUAUACAGUGCACUGUUAAUCCAUGAGGAGCUGCGAAUCGUUAGAAAAAGGGUCAUAACAAUGAACAAACGGGGUCGUAUAUCUAAUGAGCUAUUGCAAAACAAUGCCACUAUUCCCGCUGCUAAUGUCACUGUCAGUUACGAUUCGCUUGUGAGUUUUCUUCAGAAGCUGUUCACGGUUCUCCUGAUUAUGCUAGAGUUGUUAUGGAUACUGAUGGUGAUGAUGACGUCCAUUUACUUCCACGUUUGGAGUCAUAAACUCCUCGGAACACUGAUUGCAAUUGUGUCCUGGCAUUGCACCUACAACCUUUGGUAUAAAGCAAUGGUUUUCCCAGGUUAAUGCUUGUAAGGACUCCCAUUUUAAGUUACAUGGAGAUGUAUCAUUAUAUAAUUUUAUGUGAUUCUUUAUUUAAACUGAUAAUCACUGAUUUUAUGUGUAAUCUCAGGCACCAUUGAAUAACUUUGGGGUGGAUCCUAUGUGCUUGUUGAAAAGUGCCAAUAAUAUGUGGACAUUGUAGUAUUGAAGGGGUAAAGUCUACAAAGGUUUUUGGAAAGAAUGUUGCAUCCUGACACCACUUGUUUUCAUCAUAUAUUAUCUUAAUGAAGGUCAGUCAUUGCAAAAAU